AUGGGCUGCGCAAUAUCGGGACUGGGGUUGGUUGCAAAGCCAGUCGGAGAUGCAAGAGAUGAGGAUGUCGCGGUGCCAAGUCAAGAGCAAAUUGACAUGAUCAAAGAGUCAUGGAAAGUUAUCCAAGAAGACAUCGCGAAAGUUGGAAUUAUCAUGUUUGUCAGGUUGUUUGAGACCCAUCCGGAAUGCAAGGACGUGUUCUUCCUGUUCCGAGACGUGGAGGACCUGGAGCGGCUCCGAACCAGCAGGGAACUGCGGGCUCACGGACUCCGGGUGAUGUCAUUCAUUGAGAAGACUGUGGCGAGGCUAGACCAGCCGGAGAGGCUGGAUCAGCUGGCCCUGGACCUGGGGAAGGGUCACUAUCGCUACAACGCCCCGCCCAAGUACUAUGGGUAUGUGGGGGUGGAGUUUAUCCGUGCUGUCCAGCCAAUCCUGAAGGAGAAGUGGACGGAUGAGCUGGAGGAGGCCUGGAAGGCCUUGUUCCUGUACGUAACCAGAAUCAUGAAGAAGGGCUACUUUGAAGAGGAGAGGAACCAGCGCUGCAACGCCCUCGACUCCAGCAGGGAGAGGCCGGACAAGAGGAACACCCGCCUCUAAGACCGCCCGCCUCCGCGCUGGCAACGGCGUCCGCUCCGAUCCUCGGCCCCUCUCUGUAGCAGACACGGCCAAAGACCGCGUCGCAGACGGCAGAACGGAACCACAUUGCGCAUUGCUCAGCUGUGCACACGCUUUACAAGACACUUUAUCCAUUUAACGCGCCUUGCAACAUCACCACGGCAUCCAGAGCGUCAGUUGUCCUUUUCUGUCUUCUACAGUCAUGUUGCCUCUUGCUAACUAGCCUUACCUGCCAAUUUCUUUUGGAGGAAUUUGGUAAGGAUCCGCACCUGCGUCGGGGCCAGACUGUUAUUCCAGCCCGCUAGCACGCCGUCAAGACCCGGCUUCAUUUCUGCUUCAGCUGUGCUCGUGUUUGUGUUUUGCUGGUUCCUGAUCCAG